AUGCUCGCAGGCCGGGCCCCGCCGGGCGCUGCGGGCUGCCGCCGUCUCCUGGCGGCGGCUCUGGCGGCGGGGCUGCGGCCGCUGCUGUGCGGGCUGCCGCUGUGCUGGGUGACGGCGAGGCGGGCGGCAGGGCAGUGGCCGAGCCCGGGCCUGCGGGUGCCGGAGGCGGCGGAGGCAGAACGGCUGGUGCAUCAGGUGCAGCGGCCCGGCGUGCCGCUCCGCCGCUUCAUCGCCUGCCCGCAGCUGGCGCGCACCGUGCAGCGCUGCCUGCAGAGCGGAGCCAGCCCCGGCCCCCAGCCCGUCCUGCUCGAGUGCGCGCCCGGUCCUGGAAUCUUGACUCGAACUCUGCUCAAUGCAGGUGUUAGAGUGGUAGCUCUAGAAAGUAACUCAGCUUUUCUUCCAAACUUACAGUCCCUAGAGAAUAGCCUGGAUGGACAAUUAAAGGUAGUUUACGGUGACUUCUUCAGACUGGAUCCUUUGGUGACUGGAACGGUGAAACCACCUGCUAUGUGUUCUGACAAACUUUUUGAAACCAUGGGUGUAGCAGCAGUUCCUUGGAGGGCAGAUGUACCUGUGAAAGUUUUUGGAAUCUUACCACAAAAAAAGGAAAGGAACAUACUUUGGAGGCUUCUUUUUGCCCUGUAUGAAUGCAGUUCCAUAUACAGAUAUGGAAGAGUAGAACUCAACAUCUUUAUAAGUGAAAAAGAGUACAAGGUAUUAACAGCAAAGGCUGGGGAAGCGAGGGCUUACCAAGCACUUACUGUACUUUGGCAAGUAGGAUGUGAAAUUCAGCUACUGCACAUGGAACCUUGGUCGUCAUUUGUAACUAAUUUGAAAAAUGGGGGACUGGCAGUACCAAAAAGCACGUGGCUGCCAAAUGACCAUUUAUGUUUGGUACGACUGACUCCUCAGCAAAAUCUAUUUACAGGAGGCUUGAAGCCCACAAAUUCAGCUACCUUUAUUUUCAUGGUGAAACAGUGUCUUGCUAAACCUAGGUCUAGACUUACUGAUAGAUUGAAUUCAUGGAGCUUGGACAAUGGUGGCAAAUUACUGAGACAGCUAGAAAUUCCAAAAAAUGCUGAAACACGUAACUUAUACCCAGAAGACUAUAGGCGUCUUUUUGAGGCUUUGCAAAACUCUAAUAUGUUUACUGAAACUUGGUUCCAUGAUGAAGUCUUGGAUAGCAUAAGGAACAUAAACUUAUAAAUCUAAAGCUACUGUCUUUUGGAAGAUCACCUUUGCUUCUGGAAGAUUACUUUGAUAAGAAAUGAUUUAAAUAAAAUCGGAGAUACUGUUAGCUAGAUGAUUUCCUGUCCAAACAGGAAAAUAAAUUUAGCAAGUAACAAGAGCCCUUCUACACAGGAUGAAAGUAACGGAUUCACAGUUAUUUGAUCACAAUCCUAUCUAGAAUGGACAAACUUUGCAUCUUUUCCAGGAGCAUAUUAGUGACUUGCUGCGUUUGGAUGUACCACUUAAAUGGAACUUUUUGUUACACUGCUGUAUAUUUACAACAUUUGAAAAAAAUAACAGACCAAAUAUCGUUAUUUGUGUGGUUUGUAUUUUAGUGCUCAGUGAUUUGAAUGCCCUUUUUCAGAUUCCCAAAAUACGUAGGUCUUUACAACCACUGAAUCUGGUAUAUUGUCUCCUGAUCUAAAAAUGUUGCAGUCUAAAGUCAACAUAAUAUUAAUAAAUCAAUAGUGGUGGGUUAAUAGAAGACAAGGUAAUGACAGCAUGAUAAAACAUCAACUGAGAGUUGGGUUUUUUUAACUAAAGAUUAUUAUAUCUGGGGAAGAAAGUCGUAACAAUUCUUUCUUUUGAAAAUUUGAAAAGAACACUGGGCAGCCUGUUCUAGUUUACGAUACAUGAACACCUAUAUGCAUAUAGGCUUCAUCUUAUUUUAGGUCUAAAAACAAAGUCACCAGAACAUUCAGUGCUGUAUAAACAGUUUGAGAAAAAAGAAAUCAUCUUACCUGCAACCUUUGUCAAUAUGUAUUUGUUUAAUGUGUAUUAUAUGUACAAAAUAACUUACUUCAAAACCACAUGCUAUUAAAAGUCUCUUUUUAGCCAUAGUACCCCAUAAUGCAGCUGGUUCCUAGUUUCUCUUCUUGUCUUACCAUGUAACUGUUCUGUUGUUGUCCGAUAGUGCUGGCAGUCUGUACUGGUUCUGUGUUCUUUACUGUCUCCUUUGGGAAGAGCUGUGGCCAAAACCACACUUUUUUAGCAGAGCACAAGUUAAUAAAAUGCCUUUUUGGUAAAGGCUGAGCUAUUUUCAGGCUUUGGAAAACAGCAGUGACCAAAACAAUGCAAACACAGAAUUGUAUUUCUUAAGCAUAGUGUGAGGUAUAGAUGUGACAAGCAUUCAUCUCUGUCUUCCUCCUGCAGUUCCUGCUGCAGAAGAAAAAUUGACUUCAAGCUGCCUCAGUUCACUCUGCUAGCUAGGCUGCAGCUGUUUAAGUUGCUGAUAAGCCUUUGUAAUGUUGCUAUGAUGAAACUACUGGAAAGGCUGAGCUUUAAUGUGCAGUCUGUCUCAGAGCGUUACUGGUGUUCUGGUGUAGGUCGUGAAGAUUUGAGGCUUUCUUUCUGUUUACAUCUCUAUACUAUUUCAGAUAACUUGCAUUAUAAAUUGACCAUGAACGGCAAACUUGCAUUAACAGAAGCAACUCUGUCUUUUUUCAAUCUCAGUAGAUGGUAACUGUCUUAUCUACUGGUCUACAAGAAUGCAGUGUGUCCCGGGCUGAUUCCCGCCCCCAACACCACCUUGAAUCAAAUACCUUGCUUUUGUUGCAGCAAGAUGUCUAUUAUAUCAACAUACCAGGAGUAUUCAAUGCAUAAAAUAUAAGAGCACCACUGGCUAUAUAAACUUUUUUAACUGUGUUGCUGAUAACAUUUCAAACAUGAACUGAAAAAAAGAAAACUAUUUGCUGUGAUUUUUUUUUUUGAUGCUGUUGGAAAACAGCAUUUACUGAGCUAAUGCAGAGACUCCCAAGGUAACAGCAGGAGCCUAAGUGGAAGGAAUAUUGUGUAACUGGGGACUUGAAAUGAGGAGAUUUAAUGCUAACCAGAACUCUGCCAUUAAGUCUAAGUGUAAGCAAUAUGUUUAGCCCUGAUCACAAAUGUGAAAUGAAGAGAACAAUGGCUGUCAUUAUAAAAAUGGUUUUGGUAUUGAUGGAAGAGAUGGAAAAAAGGUGAAAAUUACUGGUGUAGGUGAAUGCAUAGAGGGGAGUGAAAUGGAAGUAGGUCUAUGGAUUUGAUUAAUUGAUGCUAUCCAUUCAGUACUUCCUACUGUUGCAGGUUUACAGCUUCUGUAGGAUAAUGUUGAAUGCAAGCUUUCACUGAAAUUUUAAGUUGUAUAUAAACGCUUCUUAGGCAUUUUUGUUAUGAUUUUUAACCAACCCGGUACUACUUGUGUUUCUUUCCUUUGCAUAUCUGCCUUUGCCAUAUUCCUCGAUACGUUGAUGGAAAAUUGAGCCAACAUCUCUUCAGUUAUUUUUGAUUCAUGUAAAUGCAAAGACAGAACUUGCAAAUAGGAAAACAGUGUAUAAAUUUAGGUUAAUAUUUACAGUUUAAUAACCCUCAAAAAUGCUGUUGAAACAGAAAACUGCAAAUUCACUCAAAAUUUAAAAUGCUAGACGUUCUCAGAAGAGAAGAUCUUCAUGCUAACUUUGAGACCAAAAGUUUUACAGGAACUACUUUUCUAUCAUGGUGGGAUAGCAAAGUUUCCCAUUUCUGAAAGUGCAUUAAUUUGCAAGUGUGUUACGGUGCCUGAUA